AUGAACCCAUCCGCAGCAUUCCCCAAGGCCGCGGGUCUCCCCGCGCGCCUGCUGCGGGCACCGUCGACAUGUUCAAAACAGACAGCCGGUCAAAAUGUCUGCUCUGCGAACCAGAAACGAGGAUAUCAUGCGACGGCCUCUCAAUCUCCCGCCAGACGCCUGCGGGAGGGCGUUUAUAAGAAGAAAUCGGUCAUCGCGCCGUCGGUUAGAAUAUUCCACACCACAUCCCCCCUCUCGGCGAUUGCCGACCCGUAUAAUGUCCUCGGAGUAGACAAAGGCGCCUCCGCGAGUGACAUAAAGAAGGCAUACUACGGCAUGGCCAAGAAAUACCACCCGGACACCAACAAAGAUGCCAACGCCAAGGAAAAGUUUGCCGAAGCCCAAUCCGCCUAUGAAUUGUUGUCCGAUGCGAAGAAGCGCGAGAAUUACGAUCGGUUCGGCUCCGCUGCCUUCGACCAGAAUGGUGGAUUUGACCCCAAUGCCGGUGCAAACCCCUUCGCUGGCGCUGGCGGCUUCGGUGGAUUCGGUGGCGGCGGGUUUGGAGGUGGCCCGUUUGGUGGAGGCUUUGCGCAGGAUAUUAACUUUGAGGAUCUGUUUGGUGCGUUCGCUGGAGGUGCUCGCCGAGGUCCCCGGGGGCGGCGCAAUCCCUUCCAGGAGCAGAUUCUCGUCGGUGAGGAUAUCGAAGUGCAGAAUAACAUCUCAUUCAUGGAGGCUGCCAAGGGAACGUCUAAAGAGAUCAACAUCACGCCCCUGACUCAGUGUGGAACUUGUAAGGGUGAUGGGUUGAAGUCUGGCGCGAAGCGAUCCCAAUGCAAGCAAUGCAACGGCUCCGGAACCCGUGUUCACUUUAUGCAGGGUGGAUUCCAGGUUGCUGCGACAUGCGACGCCUGUGGAGGUAUUGGUAUGAUCGUUCCCCGCGGGUCGGAGUGUGGUGGAUGCCAUGGAAACGGUGUCGUUCGGGAGCGCAAGACCCUCAAGGUGGAUAUUCCUGCUGGUGUUGAAGAUGGUAUGCGGAUGAGAGUCAGCGGAGAGGGCGAUGCGCCGCCUACCGGAACAUCUGCCGCCGCCGGUGCUCGAACCCAACGGGGUGAUCUCUAUGUCACUAUUCGAGUUGCUCCCGAUUCUCGCUUCAGCCGCAACGGAUCCGAUAUCCUGUACACCGCCACCCUCCCACUCACCACUGCCUUGCUCGGCGGUGAGGUGACGAUUCCGACCCUCGAUAACGCAGUCAAGGUCAAGGUGGCUACUGGUACCGGUACUGGUGAUCGGAUCACCUUGUCUGGCAUGGGUAUGAAGAAGCUCGGUGGCCGCGGUGGCCGCUUCAGCCCCACGGGUGACCUGAAGGUUGAGUUCAAGGUCGCCAUGCCGAAGUACCUGACCGGCAACCAGCGGACUAUCUUGGAGGUGCUUGCGGAUGAGAUGGGUGACAAGACGGCUCGGCGGACGAUGAACUUCACCAAGGAGAGCCCUCCAUCGUCUUCCGAGUCCACCGGCAACGGGCACAAGAACGAAGGAUUCCUCAAGUCUGUCUGGCACAAGCUGACGGACAAGAACUGUGAUUCUUCACAGCCCGAGGCCAAGGAUGCCAAGGAUACCAAGGAUACCAAGGAUGCUGACAAGCACGAUGCCAGCAAGGACGACUCGAAGAAGUCAAGUUCAUAA